AUGGAUAAAAUAUUGAAUUUUCUGGCAUCAGAUAUUAAAGUUUUUUUUAGCCAUUCAAGAUUUAUAUUCUUCAUUUGAAAUAUAUAUUGCUCAAAUGAUAGGAAUCAACUCAAUCAGGUUUGGGUUAAAGAAACAAAACCUCAUUUUGGUUUAGUAAUACUUCUUAGCAAUAUCCCAUUUCUUCUUGAAAGGUCUCCUGAAUUUUUGAGGAGCUGAAUUUGCAAAAAUGUAAUACAAUGUUGCUCCUAA